AUGAGGGCGUCGAGAUCAGGCAGAACGCCGCUCAUGGUUUCACUGUGCCUGCUCUUCUGCCCCAUCAGGAACGCUGCUCACACACUCAUUAAGGAACUGGUGGGUUCCACAGGGCCCAAACCCACUGUCAUGCAAGAAAAAGAAAGCAAAGCCCCAACCAUCAGCUGCUCAAUCAUCAGGUGUAGAACUGAUAGUAAGAUGGAGAAGAGUUUGAAAAAGAACCACCCUCACCCUGGCCACCCUCGCGCCACCGCGGCGCCCAAGCCGUUCACCGCCGGCACCAGUCUGUUCACCAGUGACACAGAGGCCGUUCAACGAUGCACUGGUGAGUUUGACCUCGACGCUUAUGGCAGUCCCACAAGGACGAGUGUGGUCUAUGAUCAAGCUGUUGGUUCCCAAGCAAGUUCCUGGCUGAAGGUGGGCUUCCACGUUGAGGUGUGGAACGCAAUGUACAUGGAGAUCCCGAUGGAGUACGAUGAUGGCAAUGUGGCGCAGGUGGACCUCAUGGAGUUUGGCUGGGCUGGCGGCGGUCGGCGCUGGACGCGGGUGCAUGAGUUGUGGGGCUCCAUCUGUCGCACAAACAUUUGCUGA